GGCAGAUUCUGGAAUUUGACACUGAGUAAAAUGGCUGACAACUAAACCCUAAACUCAAUCCAAUUUUCUUUGUUUUCAUUACAUUUUUUCUUGUUUUCGCGGUUUUAAAUUUUAUAAAUGAAUUUAUUUUUUGAUAUACGUUGAACGUGUAAUAAUUAAAAGUGUAAUAUGUAACUACCGUGUACCAAAAAUUGUAAUAAAGUGAAGAAGUGUCCUCAAAAUUCAUCACAUAGAAUGAGAUAGAUUGACUUGACACUAAAAUCUGUCAUUCCAAAGACUGCAGCAGAUUCUUAAAUAUUUUUGCAUAUUGAAAAGUAAUAGAAAGUACAAACACUGCUCUAAUAUCACAUUUCAAAAAAUAAGUAUAUAGUUGGUGUCAAUGUAAAAAAGUUGUGAGCCUCGUGUGAGGCCCAGUAUGGGCCAACAGUCCCGCAUUCAAAUCAUCAUGAAUCCAAGCACACCGGCCCGGUCACCGGGCUAUCACCAAAAAGCUAUGGAAGAAAUUCAGAAUUCUUUAAGGCCAUUUGCAAAAAGCAGUAGCGAAGCAAUGAGCUCCAGUGCUGCCAGCACUAUAUCAAGUUUUUCAGCAACUAGCGGGGUCAGUUCUUUGAGCUCUACUUCUGGAGGAAAUGUGAAUGAUAAAGAUGUUAUACAGUUGAGACAACUGGGUUUUUCAGAGGAAUCUUCUAUUCGAGCUUUACAACUUUACAGUGGUCGAGUUGAUAUUGCCCUAGAAUACCUCAGCAAACAAUCAAUUGAUCCCUCUACAGGUUUAAAGACUACUUCUCCUAGCUAUACUAAACUCAUGAGAAAACCCAGCAUUGAACGAGAAUUAGUACUACCACGUGGAAGCCCAGCUUUAGACAGUGGUGCAGGAAGUUCACGUUCUGAUAGUCCAAGACUAAUCGCCGAUUUACAUAAUCGAUAUUCUCCAAGUUUUAAUGAACCUCCGCCUCCGCCACCUCCGAGAAAUACACCUCCGCCACCUCCACCUCACGUUGUAGGUGGAGCUGGAGGAUAUCAAGCACCACCAGUUCCUAGUAAUGUACAACAGAUGUUUAAAAGAAUGUCACCUGCUCCUGUGGUACCAGCAAGGACAUCAGCUGUGGGGCAAGUGUACAAUUCACCUGCCUUACAACAAAGAGGAACGAGUCCUGUAAGCAGUACCUCAACUUCUUCUGGUCGUCAACCAAUGGUCGUUCAGAAUGGUCCACAAGUACAACAACAACUUUCACAGCAGAUGCAGGCUUUGAGCUUGUAUCAAAGUAGUACAGCUUCAACAUCAGAACCACCACCACCGUAUCCUCUAAUACCAGCCAGUCCAGCAAACGGUCCUCCUCCUCCACCUUCAUAUUCAGCAUCAAUUCAGAAUAGACAGAGUCCUACUCAGGAUUUCAGGAAGAGCCCUUCAUCUGGUAUUUAUUCAGGAUCGGCAUCUACUGGAUCUCCAAGUCCUAUACCAGUUUCAACGAACGCAACUCCAACGGCAAUGGCGCGACCGACACCCUUACAAGCUUGGGGUGCACGACAAACAAUAUCCCAACCUCCGAUUAUUAUGCAAUCCGUAAAAAGUACUCAAGUUCAGAAACCAGUACUGCAAACUGCCAUUGCGCCAACAUCACCACAACUUCCAUCGCCUACAAGCACUACCCCACCGGCAAUAUCUGCUCCCCCGCCUUCGUAUACCGUAUCUAUCCAACAGAAAGGCUACACGAACGGUACAAAACCGGCCGCUCCUCUUCCCUCAGGUAGUCCAUCAAACAAUGUUCAACCAGUUACUGUUCCAACUACCGAGCCCCCGAGUUACGCUAGUACCAUGCAAGCUAAAGCAAAAGCCCAACGCGGUAUGGCAACUCAUCCUCCCUUACCACCACCACCUUAUUCCUCUGAUGAUAACCACGUUCAAGUGUAUACUGUGGAUAGUUCUUUGUCUCCAAGGGCGAGUCCUCACGUCCACCCUUCAUUACAAAGAAAAUAUUCUCCAGUCGUUAAUAAUGAAUGUAGAUCUGAUAGUCCACAAUCAACUAGUAGCGGAGAUAGUAGGAAUCAGUAUUCGGAUAACGGAGCCCCGCCGUUACCUCCGACAGCAUCAUCUUCCGUCAAAAAUAAUCACAUAGUGAAUGGUAACAGCGAAACGAAAUCCAGUGAAACACCGCCUCAACUACCUCCAUACACUAAGAUUAAACAUCAAUCACCUAUACCGGAACGGAAGAAGAUUAGCAAAGAAAAAGAAGAAGAACGUCGAGACGGUAAAGUGAAGAAUUAUUCGCCGCAAGCUUUUAAAUUUUUCAUGGAACAACAUAUCGAAAAUGUUAUUAAAUCGUACAAGCAACGCCAGUUCAGGCGGAUGCAAUUGGAGAAAGAAAUGAACAAAAUAGGAUUGAGUUCUGAGGCUCAGGCUCAGAUGAGGAAGAUGUUGUCGCAGAAGGAAUCGAAUUAUAUAAGGUUGAAAAGGGCUAAAAUGGAUAAAAGUAUGUUUGUAAGGAUAAAACCAAUAGGCGUCGGUGCUUUUGGUGAAGUAACAUUGGUAAGAAAAAUCGACACCAAUCAUCUAUACGCAAUGAAAACUUUAAGGAAAUCCGAAGUGUUGAAAAGGAAUCAGGUAGCUCAUGUUAAAGCCGAAAGGGAUAUUUUAGCUGAAGCCGAUAAUGAAUGGGUCGUCAAACUUUAUUAUUCUUUUCAAGAUUCGGAUAUUUUGUAUUUCGUUAUGGAUUAUAUACCUGGGGGUGAUCUAAUGUCCUUAUUAAUCAAAUUAGGAAUAUUUCAAGAAGUACUGGCGAGGUUCUACAUAGCAGAAUUAACUUGCGCAGUUGAAAGCGUACAUAAAAUGGGAUUUAUCCACAGAGAUAUUAAACCCGAUAAUAUUCUGAUAGAUAAAGACGGUCACAUCAAAUUGACAGAUUUCGGUUUGUGUACCGGUUUUCGAUGGACGCAUAAUUCCAAAUAUUACCAACCUAACGGAGAUCAUAGUAGACAAGAUUCAAUGGAUCCGAUAGACGAUUGGAACGAGGAGUGUAAUUGUAAACCAUUAGAAAGGCGGAGAAGACGCGAACAUCGAUGUUUGGCGCAUUCUCUAGUAGGAACUCCAAAUUAUAUAGCACCAGAAGUACUGCAGAGAAAGGGAUAUACGCACGUAUGUGAUUGGUGGAGUGUCGGUGUUAUUUUGUAUGAAAUGUUGGUUGGUCAACCGCCGUUUUUGGCAAACACUCCCGCCGAGACACAAUUCAAAGUGAUAAAUUGGGAAACGACCCUACAAAUACCAAAACAAGCCAAUCUUUCACCGGAUAGUACGGACUUGAUAUUAAAAUUGUGUUGUAGCGCCGAAAAGCGUCUUGGAAAAAAUGCUAGUGAAGUAAAAUCUCAUCCGUUUUUCAAGGAUAUCGAUUUUGAAAAAGGUCUGCGACGUCAACCGGCUCCUUACAAACCGCGCAUCGAAUACCCGACGGACACGUCGAAUUUCGACCCGAUCGAUCCCGAUAAACUUCGAAAUUCGACGUCGAUAGACUCUAACAAUUCCGACGAAUUAGUCGAUAAUUCGAAUCUCUUUCACGGAUUCUUCGAAUUUACGUUUAGGAGGUUCUUCGACGACGGUGGCCUCACUUCCCUCAACAAAAUCAAUUUAGACGACAACGACAAUCAAGGCGGGCCGGUAUACGUGUGACGUUUGGUGACUGAUAGGGGUGGAACCCCGUUCUUUUGAGUCUUUGAUUCCGGAGUGAUGCCGCGGGCACGCUAUUCUUGCCAAAAGCCCGGUUUCGUUAUCGCUAUUACUAUUAUUUGAUCGGAGAAAAAAUUAAAAAAAAGGUUUUUCCGUCAAGAAAAGGUAAAAAAAAUUUGUGUUUUUUUAUUAUCUUUGUGUUUAUUAUUUUCUUUUGUUAAUCAUACAACUAGUUCUUGUGUGAAUAAAAUUUCAUCUUCUCUAGAACCCUUUAUAUCAUUUCAAAACUCAGAGUAUUGGAAUUUUAGUUUUCAGUCUCAUUUCAUCCUUUUUUUUCCAUUCCUUUUGAUCCUUUGCUGCUUUGUUUUCCCUUAUCUUCCUUCUUCCUCUGCUACUUGUUCUUGUUCUUCUUUUCUUAUGUCUUUUUGCAUCUGUCUCUUUUCUUAUUAGACUUUUCUUUUUAUGUGUCCAUACCAAUUUAACUAUUUUGUAUCCUCAUUUUCUUCAGUUGUUUCAUCUCUACUGCUACUAUUCUAUCCUGUGUCUUUUUGUUCCUUACCCAGGUUUCACUUUCACGGCUCCAUUGAGGUGUAUACUUUUAUUUUUAUCUCUUCUUCGCCUUCUUCCUUUUUCUUUAAAUUUGUCUUAUUUAUUUGCUUUUGUUAUUCUGUUCGCUAUCUCAUAUUUACUAUUUCUUCAUCUUCGGUGAAAUAACAGCCAAGUAUUCAAGUCUAUUCUUUGUUUUUCGUUAUUACAUCUUCCUCGUGUUUUCUUUUUUGAUUUACCACCAUCCUUUUACAUUUCUUCAUUUUAACUUCCAUUCUCAGGGCUCCUAUAGUCUUUAUUCAUAUGUCUACUUUUUCUAUUCCUCUGGAAACAAUCAAACUGUCACUUUUGAUGUUGCAUCACCUCAUGGAGCUUGAUACACAAUUUCUUUGGUCGGUUCCCAGUAUUUAUGUCAUCAGAAAAAGCUUCUUUGAUUGCAGUUUUACAUUUUUCGCUCAAACCUUCAGUUGAAGCUACUCAGUGCUUCUCUUUGUAGGGUUUUAUAAUCACAUAACAGUUUUCAAAUUCAUAUUGUACAAAUUCACAUACUGUGUCAAAUGGUCGAAUCUUUCUAAUGUUCAAUAGCUGUCCAAUGAUACCAACUCUAAAGCUACUACACAAGGGUAAUUAAAAUUGAUUUUGUCACAAAUUUUAUUCACACAAUAGUCCUUUUGUACAAGUAUUUGUGUGAAGUUUGAUGUAUAACCAAAGUCCAGUCUAGCUGCCUUAUAAUAUUUAAUGAAAUGCCCUUUUCAGCUCAAAUUCAAGUAGUUACACAAAUAAUUGUUGAAAAAAAAAAACAAUGUAAAGUAUAAGUCAUCGAUAUUAAAAAUUUUGGGGUAUAUCAAAGUGCCUUGUUGAAAAAAUUUGAUGUAAAAUUUUCAUUUCGUAUUAAACAAAAAGAAAAUUAAGUUAAUCGAAAUCUAAAAAUCUAAAACGAAUAGGUUAGUUUACAUUUUCUGCUAAGCCGUUUGUGUCUUCCAAAGCGAUGACUUAACUUUAUUAAUUUUUUUUAAUGAUUCUUUAAAGGAAAAAAUAAGCUGAUGAAAAAAAUUAUAAAGUGUAAUGGUGCUACUUUCAAAUAAGUAACGUUAAAAAUUGUGAUAUAAAAUUACCUACCCGAUAAAAAUCUGACUUGUAUAAUUUUUGAAAAAGUUGAAUUGGAUUUUUCUAGUCAGUUAUUAAAAGCUAGAUAAGCAAAUUGAUAGAGAUAUAUAGAUAUAUUUUAUGAUUUACUUUAAAAGGCCCAGCUUUAAAAAAAAAUCAAAAUGAUGGUAGUUUAAUAUACCAAAAAAUAUAUAUACUAGAAUGAUUGAGGUUGACAUCUAGAAUUGUUUUAUUUCCCAAUAGAAUCUCAAUAGAGAUAUCUUAAACUGGUAGUUCAAAUGUACCAAUUUAUGUUAACAUUAGCAAGGAUUUAUUUUUAUAUUAAUUAGUAACACAAUCUAUUUUUUUUUUCGUUAAAAUUCAAAAGUUUAUAAAGAUUAAAAUGUUAGUAGUUCAAAUGUACCAAUUUAUGUUUAUAUUAACAAGGCUCUAUUUGCGAGUAGUUCAAAUGUACCAAAUCAAUAAUGUAUCUAUUACUAAAUUGAACUCACACUAGAAAAUAUGUUUUUGUUCGUUUUUUAAAUAAAAUUAACUUCCAAUAUUGUAAUAAAUAAAUAUGGGGAAAAAAUAAUGGAUUCAAUUGAAGUGGUAGCCGUCCUAUUAUAAUUUAUUUAUCUAGUAUGUAGAUUAUUUAUUUUUUGUAGUAUCAUUUGUGUUGGGUUUCUAAAAGAUCCUCAAUAUUUGUCAACUUUAUAUAUAUAUAUAUAUAUAUAUAUAUAUAUAUAUAUAUAUAUAUAUAUAUAUAUAAUUAUGACUAAUAAGAUUUUUUUCGGGUGUUGAAUUAUAAAUUAUUAUUGCUAUUUGUGUAUAUGUAAAUAAUUUGUCAAACGAAAGUGAAAUAAGUGUGAAAGGAAUUUGAUACAUUGAAUAGAACAAAGUUUUGUAAUCCUUCUUAAAAAAAUAUUGUUAAAAGAAAGUGUGUGUGACAUGAUAUAUUUAUAUCAAAAUAAAUUUCAAAUACAAUUAAAUAUACAAAUAUAUGUACUAUCUUGUUCAAGUAACUUUUUCUAAAUCAUCACAAUAGAUUGUUAGAAUCAUUAAAUAUUAUCUCAAGAUUUAAUUUCGAGGUGCCCCAUUUUUAUCAAAGCAAUAGUUUCAAAUAAUUUGACUAUUUUCACUUUCCCCGAUGCUCCCUCCAAUAUUCCUUUUCCCUAUGAUGUUAGUCUCUUGACUUUCCCUCCGUCCUACAUUUUUUCAACUUUGUAUGAGAUUUUUUUCCAAACCAAAUUUAUUUCCAAAUAUUCCUGAAUGACUGUAUACACUACCACUACACCAACACUCACUCAAUAGCAAUGUUAUCGUCUUCAGGUAAACUGUUUAUCUACAGUGUGUUUAUCCUGUAACUUGGCCUUUGAGAAUAUUAUUAUGCAGUUAUCAUAUAUUGUAGAGUGUUUAUAAAUAUUCCAAAGAACUUACGGAACGAAUAAGGGGUUAGCAAAAAAUUGAGCAAUAAGUAGUGAUACAACAGUUUAUCUUGACAAUUAAGAAGUUCAGAAGGAUUCAAUAAUCUAAUAGAGAAAGCAUAAUGACUUAUUUAGCCUUUGAACAGUUUAUCUCAACAAUUGGAAUUUCCAGAAGAUUUGAUAAUCAUAGAGAGGAAUUAUAAUGAUCUAUUUAGCCUUGGAACAGUUUAUUUUAACAAUUAAAAAGUUCCAGAAGAUUCGAUGAUCGAAUAGAGAUAGUAUAUUGGCCAAUUCAGUCUUGGAACAGUUUAUCCCAACAAUGAAGAAGUUACAGGAGAUUCCAUGAUCAAAUAGAGAUAGUAUAGUGAUCCAUUCAGCCUUGGAACAAUUUAUACAAACAAUGAAGAAGAAUUAGUUUGUUCACAUUAUGAAGUGUCUCUCCAAUAUCCUUUAAAAAUUUUUUACACUUGAAUUUCAGAUAGUACUUAUAGUUUUUGUUUCAAAAUUUUUGUUCAAGAACUUUUUUCUCAUAAUAAUAAUAAAAAUAAUUACAGGGUAUUUUGAAAGUACUCAAUACUUUUUAAUUUACUUAAAAAUGCCAAUUAGAAGUUGAAAUAGACUCUUUAGAUAUUAAAAAAUUAUGAUUUAGAAUUAAAAAUAUUCUAUUUUUUGUUUUUUUUUUAAUUUAUUGAUCACACUUGCGCAUAAUUUGGAAAAGUAAUGUAAAUGAAUGUUGGUUGUACGCACUGCCUUUAUUACUAAUAAAAUAAGUAUUUAAAUAUUCGUAUUGAAAAAAAUGUAGAAUAUGAUUUGAAAAUACUAUAAAAUUAAUUUAUUAAAAAAAAAGCUGUGUUACAAUAAUAGGUAUAAAUUUAGUUUUUUUGCUCAUCUUAUGCUUACAGUGUUAAAUAAGAGUAUUUAUUUACUAUUUCAUUAAAGAACGAUCAAUUUUAAAUUGUUUUUUAAACAUUUAUGUCUUGUUUUAUGAUAAAACAAUAUUUUUGCAAAAGAUUUAGUAUUCUAAACUUGUUUCUUUUAUUCCCGAAGUUAUUUUUAAAUAUUGGAUACUCAAAUAAAGAAAUAUAUCGCUUUUUAUUAAAUAAUAAUCUGAAAUAAAUCUAUUUUAAUAGGAAUUUAAUAAUAUUUUUCAAAAACAAAAUUUUCACUUGAUUUUAUAAUUAUUUUUCCACUAACAAAAAUUCUUUUCAGUACAACUCAAAAAUAAGUUAUCCUAUCACAUAAAAUGUUUUGUAUUAAAAAUUUGUUUAAAAAACAAAUUUAAAAAUUGUAAAAAUGGUGUCCCGAAGAAAUAUAUUGAAUAUUGAUUAAUAACCAGUGAUAUAAGUGGUGAAAAUGGUUUUUACCCUCUAUUUAGUGAUUUUUAAAAUUUUUUAAUGUUUCCACAACAAAUCCAAAACAAAGUUCAGUAAUGAGAUUAUCUACUGUUUUUGGAGUUUCCAGUUUUCGUAAUAUUCUUAUUCAAUAAUUAGUUACUUGAUUUUUUAUUUAAUUGGAAUUAGUUGUUCCAAAAACUGUUUUAAACAUAAUUGAACUUCAUUAAAUAUUUGGAAAAUAGAAAAAAAUAUAUAAGUGCAACACCGAGACUUUUUUAUAAGUCGGACUUGAUUUUCUAUUUUUUAUUUCCGUUUUUCAGUCCUGAAUUAUUUUUUCUUUCUUAGGUCUUAAAUCACCAUAUCUUCCUUGGUUUUUCUCAUUCUAUGUUCAUAAUUUUUUUGUUGCUUUCUUUGUAUUUGAUCCAACCACUCUUUUAUUAGUUUUAUUUCUCCAUAUAAAUACCGUAUUUCUUCUUAGCCAUAAAUCUCCCAACUUUUACCCCCUAGUAUCCCUUUUAGUAUUUUCCUUUCUCUUAUAUUCAACCCCACUUCCUCUACUUUGUUAAGAAUCGACGUAGCUCAUUGUUGGUCUUAUUAUUGUUUUGUCCAGAUAUACCUUCGCCUUUCUGAUGUAAUACCCUUAGUUAUCCUUGCUUCUAGAUUUCCUCCCUCGUCAUCGUCGUCCUUUGUAACCACCCCAAGAUAACUUUUAACUUAUCUUAAGCUCAUUAUUUUUUCUUCUUUAAGUUGUAUUGGAAAACUUCUUAUUGCUCUUUUUCUUUUACAUCUGUUUUAAUUCCAUUUGGUCUUUAUGUUCUUUGUCAUCUUCAAAUUCAUCAAUAGUAUCUUCACCUAGAAGCACAACUAUAGGUUUGAUUAUUAUUUCAAAGAAGAUUCAACAUGUUUUGGUUUUCUUUUGCUAUCCUAUCCAUGACUGUGGGUGUUCCUAGCUUUUUUUUUAUCCCAGCCCAAACAAUCCUUAUUCUGUUAUUCAUUCACCGUUUCAUUAUUUUAAUGAACCGAUCUGGAAUUUGGACUAAAAUAACAUUCGAAAUUUUUAUUUGCCAAUUAUGUAUCGAUGGAAAUGUAUUUUUCAUCGGGGCACCCUCUUUAAAUCGUUCCAAUCACUAUUUCCAAUUUUUCCUCUGUGUAUUUUAAGUUUAAGUACGAUUUAAUUUUUAGUAAAUAAUUUGUCUAGUCUUAUCAAAUUUUUUUUAUCCGAUUAUGUUCAUUUUUAAAUGUUUUUUUGUGCGAAUUAGAUUUUUAAAAUUCUAUGUUAAGUUUUAGGCAUUCGUGUUUUAAACAAUUUUAAGUCAAAAGUGCCUUAUUUCUAGAAUGCAAAAUUGUAAAUGUGUGUAAAUAUAUAUAUUUUUUGAAACGAUAA